CACAACUUUGAAACUGAAAACUAGAUUGUGUUAUAAUUCUCUGGAUGGAGUGUGUGAGGUCAUCUGAACCCUUCAUUCAACCCCUUCCCUUCAAUGAUAUUGGCAUUCAUGGUGUGCAUGCUAAUGGUGCUGUGAAUGCUCCCAAUUCUAAUGUCAGUUUCUCUCUGUUGGGUGCUACUGGCAAAACUUACCAACAGUUCAUACAGAAUUUGCGUAACGCUCUCACAAUCAACUCCAAAAUAGUGUACAACAUACCGGUGCUAGCGGCCACGGCCUUGAGUUCGGCGCGCUUCAUACUAGUCCAUCUCACCAACUACAAAAAUGAGACCAUCACUGUUGCAAUUGACGUAGUUAACGUUUAUAUCGUCGCAUAUCAAGCUGGAAACAAAGCCUACUUUCUGAAAGAUGCCUCAAAAGAAGCAAGAGAUGUGCUAUUCAAAGGCAUCAAGCAAGAAAUACUUCCUUACAAAGGCAAUUACGACGGCCUCGAGACCGCUGCAGGAAAGAUUUCAAGAGAGAAAAUUGAUCUUGGAUUCUCUGAACUAGGCAGUGCUAUCGGCAACAUGUACCACUAUAACGCUGGUACUUCUGUCCCUAGAGCAUUCAUUGUGAUGAUUCAGACGAUUUCAGAAGCGGCAAGAUUUAAGUACAUCGAGACAAAAGUUUCACAGAAUGUCGAGACUAAAUUUAAGCCAGACCCAGGAUUCUUAAGCUUAGAGAAUCGUUGGUCUGAUCUAUCUGAACAAGUACAAAUUGCACAGAAUCGUAAAGGAGAAUUUGCUCGUCCUAUCGAAGUUCGAAGUGUUACCAACAAACCAAUUCUUGUAACGAAUGUGAAGUCCAAAGUUGUGGAAGGCAUGGCACUGUUGCUUUACAGCAAGCCGAGGGGCAAUGGAGAUCUAAUGGAACUGAUGGAAGAGUUCAAUAAAGAAUGGGAAAAUGGUCGAGGUGAAUUUGGAAUUGACUUCUGAUCUGAAGAAGAAGGUGGUGAGAGUUGAAUUUCCACGCAGUGAAAUAAUACAAAAGGCAUGUGAAGACUAAUAGUACUAAGCCAUAUGCUUUGUCUAAAUCAAUAAUAAAUGUGGAAUACUUGCUUUGGUUGCCUACUAUAAUAUCAAAAUAACUAUGGAUUAAUAUUUUAAGUCA